UUCUUAUUUUGUAAUCCAAUAAACCCUAGGUUGGUAGAGCUAUAUAAACAGAUAUACCAUAGCACCCACAGCUGCGGCUCUGCUUCUUUCCGAGUCUACUCGUUUCUCGCAUCUGUGUAGCUGAUCGCACCUGUGUUGCUGAUUGAAUCCAAUGGCGCCAAAGAAGGAUAAGGCUCCACCACCGUCAUCGAAGCCGGCGAAAUCUGGAGGAGGAAAGCAGAAGAAGAAGAAGUGGAGCAAAGGAAAGCAGAAGGAGAAGGUUAACAACAUGAUCUUGUUCGAUCAAGCCACCUAUGAUAAGCUUCUCUCUGAAGCCCCCAAGUACAAGCUCAUCACACCCUCUAUCCUCUCAGAUCGCUUAAGGAUCAAUGGUUCACUUGCAAGGAGGGCAAUAAGAGAAUUGAUGGCAAGAGGUUUGAUCAGGAUGGUCUCUGCCCAUGCCAGCCAGCAGAUUUACACUAGGGCGACAAACACCUAGAUGUCAUUUUGAUGUGCUUAUCAUUUAGUUUAUGUAGUUUUAUAUUUUUGCUAAAGCUUGACUUUUGUUACAUUUCCUUCCAAGAGAUUGUUUCCAUGCAUGAGUUACAAUCAUAGACCAUUGUCAUUUGUGUUUGAUGAAAGAUUCUUCAGGUUUUUGAGA